AUGAAACCACUUGGGGGAACAGAGAACAGGAAAACUGACAGAAAGCUCCUCAAGCUACAGGUGGAGAGACUUCGGAGAGAGAGAAUGAAUCACAGUCUGGAGAGCCUGAGAACCCUGCUGCUGCAGGGACCACUACUUCAGCGUGUGACUCAGCGUAGAGUGGAGAAAGCUGAGAUCCUGGAACACACUGUUCUCUUUCUCCAGAACACUAGAGAUGGGGACAGGAAGAAAGGCGAAGAUGGAGAAAAGCAACAUCCCUUCCAGGAUGGCUUCUCAGGCUGCCUGCAAAGAGCUGCAUACUUCCUGGGGCAGGAGGAGGAGGGCCUGCAGCUGGAGGCAGCACUGAACUCUACUUUCUCUGCCCGUCUGAACAGCCAUGCCUGUAUGAACACUGAAGUUCCGGCUAAAGCCCACUCUUCCACAUCUCUGCCCAGCACAACGUGCCUCCAGUCCUCACACCUGAUGAAGAUACAGGAGUCCCACUACAGACAACAGCUUUGUGAAGACUACAGGAGACAUCUGUCUCAUGCUCACAGAGCUCCAUUCCGACAUGGAGAUCCCAAACCGCCCCAGCUGCCCCACAGACACGCUGACAAAGAAGCCCAAUCCCAGAACCUCCCAGGCAGCCAGUCUGUGUGGAGGCCUUGGCCCUGA